GAGGAGGCCUCAGCUCCCAAGGGGCUAAGAAGCUGGAGCCUUGGUGAGGGGGAGGAGCUGAGCCAGACUCUUGCAAGACCCCCUCCACGUUCCACCCCACCCCCAGGAAGCAUGAACAGGAAAGACUGCAAGAGGAAGUCUCACCAGGAAUGCCCAGGAAAAACAGGAGGACGAGGUCGGCCCCGACCGGCCCGUCGCCAUAAGACAUGCCCUAGUCCCCGGGAAAUCAGCAAGAUCAUGGCUUCCAUGGCUCUGGACAUGCUGAAAGAGGGUGGCUGCAGUGAAGAUGAACUACUGGAGAAAUGCAUUCAGUCCUUCGACUCAGCUGGCAACUUGCGCCAUGGGGACCACAUUCUCAACAUGGUACUAGCCAUGCACAGUUGGGUGCUGCCUCCUGCCCACCUUGCUGCCCGUCUGCUGACAUUAUAUCCUUCCAGGGCUAUGAACAGUUACCAGGAGGCCACAGGGAACACACAGGAGCUGAGGCGGCUGCAGAUCUGUCACCUGGUCAGGUACUGGCUGACCCAGCACCCUGAGACAGUGCACCAGGAGCCCCAGUUAGAAGAGGUUAUAAAUCGCUUCUGGGCCACUGUGGAGCAGGAAGGCACUUCAGCACAGAGGAGCCUGAGAGACUCCUCCAAUCUCCCAGGUCCAGGCAAAAAGUGCAAAGUGUCCUUGCUUUUUGACCAUCUGGAGGCAGAGGAGCUGGCUCAGCACCUCACUUACCUGGAGUUCCGGUCCUUUCAGGCUAUCACGCCCCAGGACCUGCGCGACUACGUUUUACAGGGCUCUGUGCAGGGCUGCUCGGCUCUAGAAGGAUCUGUAGGUCUCAGCAACAGCGUGUCCCGCUGGGUGCAGGUCAUGGUGCUGAGCCGCCCAGGGCCUUCGCAGCGCGCACAGGUGCUAGACAAGUUCAUCCACGUGGCACAGAGGCUCCACCACCUGCAGAAUUUCAACACACUGAUGGCAGUCACUGGGGGCCUGUGUCAUAGUGCCAUCUCCAGGCUCAAGGACUCCCACGCUCAUCUGAGCCCUGACAGCACCAAGGCUCUGCUGGAGCUGACUGAGCUGCUUGCUGCCCACAACAACUACUCCUGCUAUCGCCGAACCUGGGCUAGCUGCACAGGCUUCCGGCUGCCUGUGCUGGGUGUGCACCUCAAGGACCUUGUGUCACUGUAUGAGGCACAGCCAGACAGGUUGCCUGAUGGCCGCUUGCACCUUCCCAAGCUCAACAGCCUCUACCUGCGGCUGCAGGAGUUGGCCGCCCUCCAGAAGCAGCACCCCCCCUGCAGUGCCAAUGAGGACCUGCUGCAUCUGCUCACGCUUUCCUUGGACCUCUUCUACACAGAGGACGAAAUCUAUGAGCUUUCUUAUGCCCGGGAGCCUCGCUGUCCCAAGAGUCUGCCACUCUCCCCCUUCAAAGCACCCCUGGUGGUGGAGUGGGCCCCAGGCGUGACGCCCAAGCCCGACAGAGCAACCCUGGGUCGGCAUGUGGAGCAGCUGGUGGAGUCCGUGUUCAAGAACUAUGACCCUGAAGGCCGAGGAACCAUCUCUCUGGAGGACUUUGAGCGACUCUCAGGCAAUUUCCCCUUCGCCUGCCAUGGGCUUCACCCACCCCCUCGCCAGGAGAGUGGAUCCUUCAGUCGAGAGGAGUUGACAGAGUACCUGCUCCGGGCUAGCGCCAUCUGCUCCAAGCUGGGCCUGGCCUUCUUGCACACCUUCCAUGAGGUCACCUUCCGCAAGCCCACCUUCUGUGACAGCUGCAGUGGUUUUCUCUGGGGUGUCACCAAGCAAGGCUACCGCUGUCGGGACUGUGGGCUGUGUUGCCACAAACACUGCAGAGACCGAGUGAAGGAAGAGUGUAAGAGACCAGGCGCCAAGUGCAAUAUGAGCCCCCCAGGAGCUCCCGUCCCACCCACACCAAUCCCUCAUGCCAGCUGUGGCUCUGAGGACAGUCCUUCCUACACACUCUCCCUGGAACCUGAGACAGGAUGCCACCUUCACCAUGCUUGGACCCAGACAGAGCCCCUACUCCCUUCCUGGGAACCUGAGUCGAUCCCCUUCCCAACGACGGCCUCACCACCCAUCCAGUCCUCCAAGCCGAAUUCCUAGACAUUGCCUUGGUCUCUUCUCUCAUUCCCUCUCCACAGAGCCAGUCCCCAAGUCAUGUCAUUCGGCCUCCAGCAGAACUCCCAAAGGGAUCACCUCCUUUGCAUCCACACUGCCUUCGUUGAAGCAUCCAUUAUCUCUUAAC